AUCUCUGUCGUCCAUCGUCAACAUACUUAUUUACGUUUUACUUCACUGAAAAGUCUUCGCUUUAUCUUUGAAUUCUUCGUCAAAAACAAGAGGAUCCAAGAUCCAAGUAGAAGUAAGAUCCAUCUCGGCCACAAGAACGACAAAUAGAGGCCAAGGCGAUGACGGAGGCCGCCCCGUUCAGAACCCUAACCCCAACAAUCAGCACUUAACAACCUCUCUACUGCGAUUUCUCGCCACUGUAUUUUUGUUUAUUUUUCUUUUUUUUCCUUUGUUUCAAAUUAAAUUGCUCCCAGGUCUCUUUUGACAAGGACGUGUUUUCACGUCGAGGGUAAAGAAAAAAAAAAAAAAAAAUUGGUGUUACAAUACAGUUAGGUUCACGGAAACAGAGAGAGAGAGCUAGCACUGUAUAACAACAAUAGUAAUAACAUGCGAUGAUGAGUGACAUAAACGCAAAAAGCAAAGUAGGUGAAACAACUCCCAGUGGAGAGGUUGUUAAUGGGUUUCGGAGCUGUAGGGAUCUCAGCGACACGGUGCCAUUCUACGCAGCUUGUGGUAUCUACCUUAAGCCUGUAGCCAGGAUCAAUGUGUCGAUUAGUCUGCCGCAACUGAAGACUCCAGGAAAAACUAUAUCAACAUGGGAGGUGCAAGAGAAGCUGCGUUUGCUGAUCAGGCCCGACGAAUUUGCCUCGAUAAAGGUUGUCAAGAGCAGCCUCGAAUUCAUCAGAUUCGAGGCCGACCUGGGCGACAAAUCAAGACUUCAGCAAGUGCUGGCAAGACUCGAUGCGCAGCGCUUGAAUCUGGCAGGCUUUCCAACCGUAUUAAAAGUGAAAGCUGCCGAGGCAAAGGAUGGCUUUCCGACAAGACACUCCUGGGAUUCGUACUUCCGCGAUGCCAAGCACAUGAACGAGCUGAAAGCAGGCGAGCGCCCUGACACAAUACACAUAUCUGGUCUUCCUGUCAAAUGGUUUAGCGAUGAUGGCGGUAAAACUCCAAGCGAAUCCCUUAUAGCUAAAAUUUUCAAGAGAUGGGGCAAUGUCAAACGAGUAGACGUGCCGGCUGCGGAUCCGUACAGAUCCAGGAUGAGGCUGAAUACAACCAUACAAAAGUUUAGUUAUGCAGAUGGCAUCUUUUUUGAUGCGUUUGUCCAAUAUAAUGAGUACAUGGAUUUUGUCAAAUGUAUGGAUGUGCUCAGGGGAAUGAAGCUACUGAAAAAGGAGAAGGAAAAGCACUUGAUAGCUGCCAUAAAGGUUGAUUUCGACAAAACGAAACACAUGAGUGAUAAUUCUGUAUCGCAUAGAGAGUUUGAAAGAAAACGGCUCGUAGCACAAGAUAACUUGGCAGCUGAAAAAUUGCGCAGAAAAGAAGAAGCUGAAGCUAAGAGAAAAGAAGAAUUAAAAAAAAAGGAAGAAAAAGAUGAGAAAGAAAAAGAAUCCAGACGUCGAAAUAGAGAGGAAAAACGGAAACGGAAAGCAUUGACAGUUUAUCGCAAACAAGAAGAGGAUAAAGUUUCAAUGAAAAUUGCCAGAGAAGAGAGAAAACUUGUCAAAGCUCAAAGACAGUUGGAGAGUAUAAGAUUGUUGGAUGCGUUGUUUGAAAAAAUAAGGAUUAAGGUAGAGAAGAAUGAAAUAAAUAUCAAAGUAAAAGAUGAAAAAAAAGAUGAAAAAGCGGAGGUAAAAACAGAUGAUGCUUCCAAAGGAAGUGUAAAUGAUUCGAAAAAGAAAGUCAAAAAAGACAAAGCAAAAGUUAAAAAAAAGAAAAAAGAGAGAAAGAAAAAAAAAUUGUCAGAUAAAUCCGAUGACUCUGGUACAGAGGAAAAGAAAAAUAAAAGUUCCACCAGCAAAGGUCUCGAUAUCAACAAAGGUACAGAAGUAUACCCAAGAUUGCCACCCCAGGCUGCUUGGUACUACAAUUCAGCUGUACCUCUGCUUUAUCCUCCGGUACGUGGUUUUCCGAGGGGCGGUCGUCGAGGCAACCGGGGUCGCGGCCGCUGGCGCAACGCCCCUGGGGCAUCUUUUCCUCAGUACGAUCCUCAAGAACUGAACGAACAAUACUACAAAUAUUUUGCAAGUCUCGUGGGCCAAGACUAUCACGCUUUUCUUCCCGGUAGUGGCUCUGACAGGAGCCGCUCGCGAUCGCGUUCACGAUCCAGGAGUCACAGAAGGUCGAUACCAAGAUCAAGGGGGAGGUCGCGGUCGAGAUCCAAGACUCGCAGGCAACGGAGUAGGAGCCGCAGCAGGUCAAAAUCGAGGAAAGAUAAGCUUUCGAAUCCUAGAAAAAAAUCAAGAUCUCGUUCAAGGCGACGUUCUCACUCGACACGACGUACACGAUCGAGAUCGUUCUCACGCUCGAGAACAAGAAACGGCAGCAACAGAUCACGAGCUCGAUCAACAUCACCUCGCAAGAAGCCGAGAAAGCGAAGCGUUCAAGAGAGGAGUAGGGCUGAGUCUCAAGUCCGGGUGACGAGGGCAAAGUCGCGCAGCACGUCGCCGAAAAAGCGCAAGUCGCGCAGUCGCUCGUGGUCACUGCCCAAGUCGGCGAGAAGCAGAAGCUGCUCGUGGUCAAGAGACGCGGACAAGCCGCAGAGCAUUGUUAUUAUUCCUGGUACUAACAUUGCUGCUGUUGCUUCUACUGUUGUUGUCCCAGCUACCAAGACUGAUCAAAAAAAGCCAGAGGUUGAAUCGUUGACGCCUAAAGAGAAGAGAAAAGAGCCAGAGAAGCAAUGAUAGAUAUUUGUAUUCAAACGAAUAUUUCUAAGUCAUGCGAUAGAGAGGAAUUUAUAGAUUGCAUGAUUUUAUAAUGUUGUACAGCUAGAGGUAUUUAUGCGAAUGCCGAGUGUAUCGCAAUUUGUAAACAAUUAGUUUAAUAUCUGUUCUCGUUGUUUUUGAGAACAAUUUUGGGUGGGUCUAUUGAAAUUGCUGAAUUCAAAUGGUUGUACAAUAAACUGACUACUUUUUUUUGUA